AUGCAUGGAGUGACCAUCAGUUCAUAUCAAACAUUGCUAUAGUGAACAAUAUUUAAUUUAAUAUAAAUAAAUUAAUAAAUUAACACGCGAUAAUUAAUAUUUUGAGAGUUUAGUUGAUAGAAUAAAAAAUAAAGACAUCGAAGAAGAGAAAUUGUUAAAAGAAGAGUUUAAGAUGAAUUUCCUACGUUCGCAUUCGGACAUGGAGAGUGGAAGGAUACGCACUGCACCCGGAGGACAUCUACAUGCCAAUAGGAAUGAGAUUUUUGCGAGGACACCGGCGGUUACCAAAGAAAUGCUCCAGAAGUUACAAAACGCUGAAUUGGGACCCAAGAAAGCGCAUCUUUGUGGUUAUGACUUCAAUAUUAGGCAGAUAUCAAUUCUAAUUGCUUUAUUCUUCCUCUUUGCUUUGAGUUCUGGCAUUGGUUACAUUUUCUGGUACACGGAAAUUUUCAGAAAUGUUGUCCUACAAAAUCUGGUCAUCUCCAACCAAUCAGACUUAUACUACAAUUUUGUAAACCCAUCACCAUCACUAGUACGCAUCUACAUCUACAACUACACCAACGUCCGAGAAGUAGCAACCGGAGAAGAACCCAAACUCAGAGUAGAAGAAUUAGGACCAUGGGUUUACGAAGACAGAAUGCAUCGUACCAAUAUAAACUUCAGCGAUGAUGGAACCUACGUCCGUUACCAAGAAGGUCACAGCUACAAAUUCUCCCCUGAGCUCUCCAAAGGACGCAUGCAAAUCGACCGUGUGACCGUCCCCAAUAUCCCCAUGUUAUCCGGAGCCGCCAUGUUCCGCCGCUCAUACUUCCUCACCCGUUUGGGUAUGUCAACCCUCUUUAAACAACUCAACGCUGAACCUUUCGUCACCGUUGGAGCCGACCGCUUCAUCCUGGGCUACGACGAUGAAUUAUUCACUCUAGCCCGAAAUAUGAUGGCUCUCACACGUCCCUUCCCCUUUGAUAAAUUCGGUCUCCUAGCAACCAGGAGGUCAUCCCCUGAUUGGAUAGAAAUGUGGACUGGGAAAGACGAUAUUAAUAAACUCGGAACCGUCCGAACCAUCAACAACAAAUCCCGAAUGGAUAACUGGGAUGAUGAAGAAUCUGAUAAUGUGAAUGGUGUUGAUGGUGUACUCUAUCCUCCAGAGAAUAUUCAUAAUAAACAAAGCGUGGAUUAUCUUUAUAAGGAUUUCUGUAGGAAGGCACCAAUGGAAUUCGUGGAGGAGACGAAAAUCUUAGGUGGGACCAUGCCUGCUUACAGAUAUGAAAUACCUGUGGAUGCUUUCUCUCAUCCUUCGAUUGGUAACCCGAAGAAUCAAGGAUAUUGCAGUGCUGAUGGUACCUGUGCACCACAUGGGCUUUGGAAUGCUACUAAGUGUAGUUUUGGUACACCUAUUUUUGUUUCUCUACCACAUUUCUUGGGAGCUGAUCCUAAGUUGCGGGAAGCUGUUGAAGGUGUAACUCCACCGAAGAAAGAACUGCAUCAGACUAGGUUAGAGUUUCAUCCGUAUAUGGGUUUCAUCAUGCAGGGAUGGAAUAGGAUCCAGACUAAUAUUCAAGUGCAGAAGAGUUUCGGGAUGAGUGAAUUGGGCAUGUUUGAGGAUGAUAUUAUCUUGCCUGUUGCCUGGAUGGAAUUUGGUGCCAAAGCUGAGGAGCAUCCUGAUUACAUCAUGAAAAUAUUCAACGAUUCCACAUAUUUAGUCAAUGGUGUAGAUUUAGGUUUUAAAUUCGGUUCGAUUCUCAUGAUGGCAGUCACAGCAAUGUGUUUCUUUAUUGUUUUACUCCGUAAUAAGAGAAAUAAGGUCUCCGGGGCUUCGUCAAUGGAGAUUAUCAGUUAAACGUGAAGCGAGGUGUUAUGAGGUGAUAAGACUGAUUUUUUUCUACUCAAAUUCCGCUCAAAUUUUCAUAUUUUUAUGUCGUCAUUGUCGUCUGUCGUCAUAGGUAUUUAUUUGUGAUCCAAAUUGGAUUUAGUUACAAUUGUUGAUUGUUGAUGCUAGAAAUGAGUCUUUAACUAGUUUUAAAUGGGAAAUACUCAUGGUAUCCGUCCUUUAGUACUCAAUUGUUAUCAAAUGUUCUUGUUAAAGUGUAGCAAGUGUUGUUAAAUGUGUAAAAAUUUUGUUAUUUUUAUUGUUUGUUAAUAAAAUAUUACAAUUCGAAA